AUGGGGUGCUUCGUUAGUAAAGACAAACUUACCAAGGAGGACAUGGAUUUCCUCAAAACUCAUACUUCUUAUGAUGAGACCACCAUCAAAGAGUGGUAUAAAGGAUUUAAGCAAGAUUGUCCUAAUGGAAGAUUGACCCCGGCGAAGUUUGUCGACAUGUACAAGAUGUUCUUUCCCUCCGGAAAUGCUGUAGAAUUCUGCGAUCACGUAUUUCGUACAUUCGAUAUGGACAGAAAUGGCUAUAUAGAUUUUAAGGAAUUUCUGCAGGCGAUUCAUGUGACAUCCAGCGGUACUCCCGAAGAGAAGCUUAAAUGGGCUUUCCGCAUGUACGACGUAGACGGAAACGGAGUGAUCGAUAUUCAGGAGAUGACCAAGAUAGUCCAGGCAAUCUAUGACAUGUUGGGCGCAUGCUCCAGUAACCGGCCUGCAGAUUCUGCGGAGGAACGCGCUAAGAAUAUUUUUGCAAAGAUGGACGAAAACAACGACGGUCAACUAACUCAAGAAGAAUUCCUUAAGGGCUGCCUGCAGGAUGAAGAACUUUCAAAGAUGCUAGCACCUUAA